ACAUGUCAAAGUCAAUAUGAAAUUCUGAUAAGAUUCAACAAAAACCCAACCUAAAAUUUUCAGUAUAAAUGAAUUGCUGUAAGGAAAGCAAUGAGCCAUCUACUCAAAGUAUACCUUUUCCUGUAUCAUCUGAAUCGAAGCAAUGGCUGAUUAUGAUGAAAUAUAUGCUUGAAUGUGCCGAAAAAUCUAUGGAAUUCUUAGAUACUGUGAAAAAUCAUCUGGAUUUCAACGACGAAGACCUGGAAAGAUUUAGUAUAUUAUGCAUAGCUCUUGAACAAGCACGUCAUCAGAUGGCUCUGUUAGGAAAAAAGUUUUUCGAAGAUUCGUCAACUGAUCUUCUCGAAAAUCUCUCAAUACUCAGCGAACCUAAGGAAUCGAAAACAAAUGAUUACACACAAACUGGUUAUGAGGGCGAUAACAUACCAAUAAAAGAACCUAAACCUAUUACUGAAAAGAAGGAACCUACUAAAAAAGAUGCCUGUCUAUGCGGCGCAUUCAAACAAAGACUGGUGAAAAAAAGUAAACAUGAGAAAAUAGUUGUAUGCUCCCCACUAAAGAGGUCUACAUUUGUGAAUGAGAAGUGUCUCAAAGAUGGUACCCCAAGUACUAAAAAGAAGGUUUUAGGGCCUGAAGAUUAUCCAAAUGAUGACAACAAUCCAUACAUACUCAAAGAUUCAGGGAGAGUUGAUCUGCCAGAGACAGGUUUCGGAUAUGAAUUGUUCUAUGCAAUGCAAAGACAUAGAAAUAAAAUUGCGCAGAUCGUGGAAACAACAGACGAAAGUCAAACCUACGAAGAACUACUCAGGGAUACAAUCAGUUGUGCCUUGAAUAUGAAAAACAAGGGAAUGGAUGAAGACUGUUUGGUCAGCCUACUACUCACGAACAACAAAUACACCUGUAUGCCAUAUUUGGCCGGCCUAUUCCUAGGUUGUAAAAUGAACGGUAUCGAUAUAUCAUUCGGUAAAGCUGACAUAGCUUUCCUUCUCAAACUUGCCACUCCCGAUUUGUUGUUUAUUCAGAUGGAAAAGGUUUCAAUUGUGGCUGAGGCUCUGGCGGAAGUCGAGUUAGAAAUUCCCAUAGUUGUGAUUGGCGGCGAUGUGGAAGGAUAUGAAAGUUUUCAAGAUUAUUUGAUAGCCCCAGACGAGGACAUUAAAGCGUUCAGACCUUACAAAGUGGAUUCUAUGACAAGAAUCACUAUUAUUCUCUUCAGCAGUGGCACUUCGGGGUUACCCAAGGGUAUUUGUUUGAACCAUGCUAAUAUGCUAGGGCAGGUGUUCUUUUCUGCGAUAACUGACUGUCUCUUCAGUGUGUUUUUGAGUUUCACAUCGUACUACUGGAUUUCUGCUGUUAUUUUACUGGGUUAUACUACCUGCGCUGGCCUCACAAGGAUAGUGUCAGAACCAUUUCAUCCUAUUAGAUUCUUUCAACUCAUCGAUAGAUAUAAAAUCGAGGCUACGUUUCUGGGUCCUUUUGAAUGCAUAAUGGUGAUGAGGACUCCUAAACCACCAGAUGUCGACACCUCCACUCUGAAAUUGCUGGGUACAGGAGGAGCAGCAUUGAGAGAAAUUGUGUUUAUUGCUUUGCGACAAAUAUUCCCCAACUGCUUGGUCUUUCAAGGCUAUGGACAAACUGAGGUUGGGGGAUUGUUGGUGAAAUGGGCAACGAAAGAUCCUGAAGAUUUGGCUCUACUGCACGUCAAACCUAGUUCAUGUGGUAGGACGUAUGGAGGAUUUUGGUAUAAGUUUGUCGACGAGGAAAAUGAUAGAAUCCUUGGACCAUUCCAACUGGGAGAACUAUGUGUGAAGUCGGAUAUUCUGAUGAUGAAUGGCUAUUAUAAGAGGGACUCUUCGGAAUGCUUCGAUAGAACUGGCUGGCUCAAGACUGGCGACUUGGCCUACUAUGACGAUUACCACUGUAUAUACGUAGUGGAUAGAGUGAAAGAACUGAUUAAAUAUAGAGGAUGGCAUGUGCCACCGAUUAUUCCAGAGAAUGCAUUGAUGGCGCAUCCAGCGGUUGCUAGAGCUGUUGUUGUUGGUAUCCCCCAUUCUGAAGAUGGUGAGCACCCAAUGGGACUCAUAAUACUCAAAGAUGGAGUAGAUCCCGAAUCAGUCGAUUUAGAAGAAGUGGCUGAAUUUGCGAACAGUAAAUUGAAUGAAAGGCAAUAUUUGAGGGCUGGGGUUAGAAUAAUUCAUUCUAUACCUUUGACAGCUACUGGAAAAGUUAGAAGGAGGUCACUCAGAGACUCAGUUUUGCAAGGUCAUCAAUUGUGAAAAACUGCAUCACCUUCGUUCUGAUUACGGCAAGAACUAGUUUUUCAAAAGUGUCUACAUAUGCUAUGUAUCCCAAGUAUCUGCAUUAAUAUAUACUGUAUAUCAUCA